AUCAUCUCCCACCAAUCCCAACCCCCAAUAUGUUCGACUCGGCUCAGCUCGACUCGUUCCGGCACGGCCUUUUGCACCAAGUCACGCCACGCGUUAUGCGCGAUAGUUUAACCGCCGCGCCAGGACGGUGCAGCUGAUACGUGUAUAUGCGGAUUCCGAAAUGGCACCAGCAAUCAGCAAAUUCGCCACUAGACGCACGCUGGCCGGUGCGGUCGCGAUCAGCACAUUGAUAUGGAUACUGAGGAAUCGCAGCAGGAGACGGACACCAAAGACCAGGAACCAGUGGCCUGUUAGCAACGACAUCCAGUAUGUCAUCAAAGAGGAGAAACCGAAAAGUCCCAAAGCCCAGGUGAACGCCGUCUUCUUCCACAGGCUGUAUCAGUUACUCAAGAUUGGUAUCCCUGGUAUAAUGUCAUCAGAAUUUGGCUACGUUCUUCUGGUGGCAGUUGCCCUGGUCGCUAGGACCCUGUGUGACCUAUGGUUGAUCAAUAAAGGAACUCUGAUAGAAACAUCGAUUGUCAGCAUGAACGGACCAUUGUUUAGGAAUCAUUUGUUAAAUUUCGCAACUGUGAUACCAGUGAUAUCGAUCGUGAAUAAUAUAAUGAAGUAUGGCUUAAGCGAAAUAAAAUUGAGAUUACGUACAAACAUCACACGUCACUUGCUGGAACAUUAUCUUAAAGGCUUUACCUAUUAUAAAAUGAGUAACUUGGACACUCGUAUUUCGAAUCCGGAUCAACUCUUGACUACUGACAUUGAUAAGUUUUGCGAUAGCUGUACGGAUCUUUAUAGCAACAUAGCAAAACCUUUGUUAGACAUCAGUAUCUAUAUAUAUAAAUUAACUUCUACCAUUGGUGGACAGACGCCAUUAUUAAUACUCUCCUAUCUGGUAAUAGCUGGGACUUUUUUGACUCAUCUUCGCAAACCUAUUGGAGCUAUGACUGUCAAAGAACAACGACUGGAAGGGGAGUAUCGUCAUAUCAAUUCAAGAUUGAUCACCAACUCUGAGGAAAUAGCCUUCUAUGGAGGAAAUAACAGGGAAAAAUUGACAUUGUUAGCUAGCUUUCACAAACUUAUGACUCAUCUUCGUAAAUUCCUGGAAUUCAGAGUUUUUAUGGGCAUCAUAGAUAACUUCGUUGCAAAAUAUUUUGCUACCAUUGUCGGUUUCUAUGCGGUGAGCGUACCCUUCUUCCAGGAGAAUCAUCCUGUGCUCUCCGGCACGGCCAAUCAUAGAUUCAAAUCGUACUACACGUACGGCCGAAUGCUGGUGAAGCUGGCCGAGGCGGUCGGCCGAUUGGUGUUGGCCGGCAGAGAACUGACGCGUCUGGCGGGAUUCACGGCUCGGGUCACCGAGAUCAAGAAGGUCCUCGACGACCUGAACGCCGGGAAAUAUGAGAGAACGAUGAUCUCCGAUCAUAAGAACAAUGCGAUCGGUUAUCCCGGUGGCGGCAAAAUUGUGCCGCGCGAUAACAUCAUACGGUUCGAUCAGGUACCACUGGUGACUCCGAACGGAGAUGUGCUUAUCAAGGAACUGUCCUUUGAAGUUAAGUCCCGGAUGAACGUGCUGGUUUGCGGUCCGAACGGUUGCGGCAAGAGCUCCAUGUUUAGAAUUCUUGGAGAACUGUGGCCGGUCUGGGCAGGAAGUAUUACGAAACCACCGCGCGGUAAACUAUUCUACAUACCGCAACGUCCUUAUAUGACGCUGGGCACACUGAGAGACCAGAUCAUUUAUCCCCACACUAAAGCCGAGAUGAAGAGACGCGGUAACGCCAACGACGAGGAUCUCAAGAAGUUCUUGGAAUUGGUGCAAUUAACUCAUCUACUCGAAAGAGAAAAUCUAACUAACAGUGAAGGACAAGGUUGGGAUGCGGUCGCCGACUGGAUGGAUGUUUUAUCGGGUGGCGAGAAACAACGUAUAGCAAUGGCUCGGUUAUUUUAUCACAAACCGCAAUUCGCGAUUCUGGAUGAGUGCACGAGCGCCGUCAGUGUCGAUGUUGAGGAUUCCAUGUACAGAUAUUGCAGACAGGAAAACAUCACGCUGUUUACAGUCUCGCAUCGUCGUUCCCUCUGGAAGCACCACGAGUACUAUUUACACAUGGACGGUCGAGGAGGCUACGAAUUCAAGCCGAUCGAACAUGACACGAUUGAAUUCGGAUCAUGAAUUCUUGCGUCCCUUGCACACGCGAGAACGCAUCUACUUGCAAGGGACAUCUAAUUUAGCCUAUUUAACAACUUUAAUGUUAAACAAAAUUUAAAUAACCAUAUAAAGACUAGUAAUUAUUUAUAGGUGCUCCAUUUGUGAGUAUUAAACAUACAAUGCAUAAUAAUACAAGAUAUAUCCACAGAAUAUGAUAUAUAUGAUGGAGUAAAAGCAAAUGACGGGAUCAUUCUCAGCGCGUCAUUGAUUUUUGCAAAUAAUUCAACUUGCAAUGCACAAUGAUAUAUUUUUCUAUCAAUGUUUUUAUGAGAUAUAGUAAUAUAAUUGUGGAAUGCACUUGGAGCUUGGAAUGACUAUGACAUCGUCAUAUAUGUAUAUGAUACUUUUAGAUCCUCUGAUCCUUAGGUAUUUACGCAGUGUAAUUCUGUAAAUAUAUUCCUAGAUACAUAGAUUUGCAAUACAAAUUCAAUUUACAAAUACCAUUGAUUGAUAAAACCAGUGAUUAAUUACUAGUGAUUAAUAAAAUUUUUUAUUUAUGAUAGAGAUUAUUGAAGUUAAGACUUUCUAUAUUAUAUUCGCUAGAUAUAAAUUUGUUGAAAAGUUUUAUUGUAUAAUAUAUAAAAAUGAGAUUUGUAAAUUCGAAAUGAAAUCUUAUCAAUUUAUUGAGAAUUGUACCAUAUCAGAAAAAUGUAUAUAUACAUAUGUAUAUGACAGGAUUUAAUAUAGAGUUUGUUUUUUGUAAGACUACAAUUAUUAAUAUUGUUAUAUGUAGAUUACAUAUAUCAGGCCGGAAUAUUAUAUGAGGUUGCUAUAACAUGAAGAAAAAUUUACUGUAGAUCCAGAGCAAAUUAAGAUUGGUACAAAAGAAUGCUUUGAGAAACGU